GGUCACCUCACAACAUUUGACCCUUAUCGGAGGAUAGCCACUUACUGACGACCUCUCCAAUAACCUCACAGAUGGACACAUCAGCUGAUUCAAAAGGCUCAAAAAAGCCAGACAGCAGGAGUUGGAGAUCCCCCUACACUUCGACUAAUCCGGACCUUUACUUUCAAGAUGGUAAACGCCGAAUCGAUUUCGUUCUGGUAUACAGUCAACUCGAUCCGAGUGCUGAAAACGCUUCGAAGCGCGAAGCGUUUCUUACAGGCCUAGCUGAAGAAAUGAUCGAAAUAGAGGUUGAAGAUUGCUCCGGAAAUGUAUUGGGUCGAACUGGAAUGGCCACCGACACGGCUCCAUUGGAGCCAGAUAUUGAAGCCUCCCUUUCGGUCGCUUUGAAAGCGUCAGUCCAUCCACCAGAGCCUUCAGAGCCUCGAAACCCAUCUGCAGUUAGGCAUGAGGCCAUCAGUGAGCCACCCUCUGCGAUGGACCGUUACCGAAUUCAAGCACAAGAAGAUGAGUUGAACCUUGGACCGAACGAUCUCGUUUUCGUUAAACUUUACGCACCAUGGCAAACUAUGGGACGGUAUGCGGAAAUGUUUAACCUACGCAAGCCUUUGAAAUCAGUACGACGCCGAUCGUCACCCGAGAGGUCAGCCACCAGUCAAUGCUGUCAAUGUUGCACGACACAGAGCAGUCGCAUUAUCCCAUUGGAAACCACAUUCACUUGGCCUUUCAGCCUGAAACGACAAUUUCUAUUCGACAUUCCUGAGGAAAGGGACGAGUUUUUUACUGCUUCAGAGCGCGCACUCGUGGUGGACUACAUACUUCGUCGCACGCGAUGCGUUUUGAAAAAUCAGGCCACCUCUGCUCAAGAAAUUAGCGAUGACGAAGUGGUUCGCGCAAAAGUCCCACUGGUUGGUAUCACAAGGCUACUGUCAGACGGCACAUUUAUGGCCGCUUAUCCGCUGCAUGAGUUCGAUGAGAAACUACAAAAGUACUACGACUCACACAUAACCAGCACUCUAACUAUCACUAACCAAGAGGUCGCGCCUGCGUCAAGCGAACAGAAAAAUCUUGAAUUGAACAACCGUACCCUACUGAAACGGUACUGGGCGUCCUACAAAUCGUUUGCCAGGGUACAGCCGAUAGACUAUGUGCGAUAUUACUUUGGGGAGGCAAUCGCUUUCUAUUUUGCCUGGCUGGGCUUCUACACCGCUUGCCUCACUCCGGUGGCACUUCUUGGAGUUCUGGUUUUCCUACUUGGCCUCAUUCGUAUGAAUUCAGACGCCAUCACCAAAGACGUGUGUGAAUGGGGUAAAGAUGUACUCAUGUGCCCACCCUGUCGCCUACAAAAUUGCAAAUUUUGGCGAUUGAACGCUUCAUGUUUCCGCAAUAAGCUGACGAAUUUGGUUGACAACGAGGGCACUGUUCUCUUCGGUGUGAUCAUGGCUCUUUGGGCUAUUCUGUUCUUGGAGUUGUGGAAACGCCAGCAGUUCGCCCUUGGCUAUCACUGGCAGGUUCAUACUCUGGAACCAAUAGAUCAACCGGCCAGACCGGAAUUCCUCGCCUUAUUAGAUAAAGGCUACAUGGGGAGGCGUAAUCCGAUAUCAGGCAAUAUCGAGCCGGUGAUUCCAUUCUGGCGGAAACGAAUUCCCUUGUUUGCCCUCAGUUACUCCACUGUUUUGUUCGCUGUUGUCCUACACCC